AUGCAGGCCUUAAAAGGACAAGCUGAGCUUGUGCGCAAGGCAAAGCUUGCCCGCUCGUAUCAGGAGCUUCUCGAGUACGACCCGUUUCCCUUGUGA